AGCUCUCGAUUAUAUCGGUGUGCUUGUAGUUUCUGAAUCCCUGGCUGCUGUUUGUUGUUCGUCAUGGCGACCAGGCUUCAAUUCGAGAACAAUUGUGAAGUUGGUGUUUUCUCCAAGCUCACAAAUGCAUACUGCUUGGUCGCGAUUGGAGGGUCUGAAAGCUUCUACAGUAUCUAUGAGUCCGAGUUGGCAGAUGUCAUUCCCGUGGUUAAGACCUCAAUUGAGGGCACUAGAAUAAUCGGCAGGACAUGUUGCUGGAAACAAAAAUGGACUUCUUGUGCCACACACCACCACUGAUCAGGAACUUCAACACUUGAGGAACAGUCUCCCUGAUUCAGUUGUUGUCCAGAGGAUAGACGAGAGAUUGAAUGCUCUUGGAAAUCACAUUGCUUGUAACGACCAUGUUGCUCUUGCACAUACUGAUCUUGACAGGGAAACUGAAGAACUGAUAGCUGAUGUUCUUGGGGUUGAAGUAUUCAGGACGACUAUCGCUGGUAAUAUUCUUGUAGGAACCUACUGUGCUCUUUCAAACAGAGGCGGCAUGGUGCACCCCCACACUUCCAUUGAAGAGCUGGAUGAGCUUUCCACCCUUCUUCAGGUCCCCUUGGUUGCCGGAACAGUUAACCGUGGCAGUGAUCUCAUAGCCGCAGGAAUGACAGUUAAUGACUGGACUGCAUUCUGUGGCUCAGACACUACAGCAACAGAAUUGUCUGUCAUCGAGAACGUUUUCAAGUUGAGGGAAGCUCAACCCAGCGCCAUCGUGGAUGAGAUGAGGAAGUCUUUAAUUGACACUAUUUAGUGUCAGCUGGGAGUGUGCCACAUCUCUGUAUUCCCAAAUUGUCUCAUGUUUUCCUAGUUAUCUCCAUUGUAAGAUUGAGUUUUCACUUUUGAAACUUGACAUAGUUGGUAUUUGGUCUAUACCGGUGGUGUUAUCUGCUUACCAGUGCAGACUGCAGAGAGUGGAUUCAGACAUUUCCUUGCCUUUAUGUUAGGCAUUGAUGAGGCUGUAGGACUUUGUUGUGUUAUUACACAUGAGGAAGUGCAUGCUUUUCUGAAACU